UAUCAUUGUCAGCCAAAGCGGGAAUAUAUUGUGCUUUCAAGAAUGUGAAUGGGCAAAUUUUUGCGUGAUAUUUGAAAUUUUCUCCUCUAAUGUGAUGUCAAACCCAGACCAAUGUAUAUUUAUCAGUAAUCUGUUAUGAUGGGGCAGUGUUUUGGAACAGAAGACGGAAGCUUUUUGCCUUUUCGGCAAAAGCGGGGCUAUGAUCGCUUCACAACAUUCGCUCCGAAGAGCAAAUGGAGAUACGCUGAUGAACACUUAUUGACAGAAAUACAGGAUCCACGUUCUGAUGAUGAACUUGAUUUAUCAGAUGUGAGGCGUCAAACAGGUCAUGAACCAAAUGGGCGACAAAACCCUCAAACCUCAGCAAAUGUUAGGACAGGACUUAGACAAGAGAGGCCAGAAAGAUGGCAAGUGCAAGUUCAUUGAAUGAUCCACCUCUUUUGGAAUAUAAUCUGCAUCAUGCUGGCAAAUAUUAGAAUUAAAUAUUAUAUUAUUAUUUGUAAACCAUUGAUGCAAUUGCACUUGGAGCAUUAAUAUCAAACAGGCAUUUAUGUGUGUGACUAUUUUGAUAGCCAUUGUUAAUGGUAGUGCCAUUGGUGUGCAAUGAAGGAAAAUAUUUGUGAUCAGCAAAGCUGUAUGUGCACUGCAUGCCAACCAACUGCCAACUGCAUAGGCUAGAGAAAAAAAUCACCCAGGAAUGGCAGUUUUGAUGUUGAAUUUCAUUGACAAGAAAAUAAUUUUGUAGUAUUUGUAUUAAGGGACUUUUGUAGGAAAAUAUAAUGGUGUAAAGUUAUUUAUCGAGCCAGGUAGUUUCUGUGGCUUUUUAUGCUGUAAUGGAUCAAUGUCAAUAUCUGAUCAAUUGUUCACCUACCCCUCCCCUAACCCAACAAAAUGCAACUGAUAACUUAAGUUUAAGGUUAAUGUUGGGUUAGGGGAGGUGUGGGUGGGCAUUGCUCAGAUAAUGACAUUGAUCCACCAUAAUACUGUGAAUUCCUUGAAAAUGGGGUAUUUGUUUAAUCUAUAAAAUGAAGGCAUUGAUAAAGUUGGGUAAAUAUUUUUGGAUUGGAUCCUAAUAUAUUUAGCAGUUAUCUUUUCAAUAUGUGACUGAAGUUGGAAACUGGCCAUGAUACAAAAUGCUGUAAUAAGCAACAGACUUUGAAUGAACUUUGUAAAGAGUUUUUGAGAUAAACUGCGUUGAAGACCUGCUAUUUCAGGAAAGCAGUAUAUAUUUUACUCAAUCCGUCCUUUGUAAUUUUUUAACAUCUGACCAUUGCCAUCACUGUUCAUUAUCAAGAAUAAAGUUUUUCAGAAUUUAUGUUGUGUA